GCUGUGCCUGCGGGCCGGGCGCGUGAGGCGUUGGGUGGAGGGGCCGCCGCUGCCGCUGCCCGGGGAAGGGGAGGGGACGCGGAGUUUGCUGCGGUGUGUCCGCCGUCCCGGGCAGCGCUGUGUGGUGUACGGCUCCCGACGGGACAACGGGCAGUCAUGCCGUGGCCUCGUCUCCCUGGGGAUAGCGCUGUUGCAGAUAUGCAUGAAGAAAAUAAAACUGCAGCAAAUGGAUGUGGCAAAAUCCGAAGUGGUGCUCAGAAUGGGGCUGCUUUACUUGCCCUGAUGGAGAAGACUGGAUACAGCAUGGUUCAACAAAAUGGGCAAAGAAAAUUUGGUGGUCCUCCACCAGGUUGGGAAGGUCCUCCACCUCCUCGUGGAUGUGAAGUUUUUGUGGGUAAGAUUCCUCGUGAUAUGUAUGAAGAUGAAUUAGUUCCUGUUUUUGAGAGAGCUGGGAAGAUCUAUGAGCUCAGACUGAUGAUGGAAUUCAGUGGUGAGAAUCGAGGCUAUGCUUUUGUGAUGUACACCACUAAAGAGGAAGCCCAGCUAGCCAUCAAGAUUCUUAAUAAUUAUGAAAUUCGUCCAGGGAAGUUUAUUGGUGUCUGCGUAAGCUUGGACAACUGCAGGCUAUUUAUUGGAGCAAUUCCUAAAGAUAAGAAGAAAGAAGAAAUACUGAAUGAAAUGAAGAAAGUUACAGAAGGAGUGGUGGAUGUCAUUGUUUAUCCAAAUGCCACUGACAAAACUAAAAAUCGUGGCUUUGCUUUUGUAGAAUAUGAAUCUCACAGAGCAGCUGCCAUGGCUAGAAGACGACUAAUCCCAGGAACGUUCCAGCCCUGGGGUCAUACUAUUCAAGUAGACUGGGCAGAUCCUGAGAAAGUAGUUGAUGAAGAAACUAUGCAGAGAGUUAAAGUAUUGUAUGUAAGAAAUUUAAUGAUAUCUACUACAGAGGACAAAAUUAAAGCUGAAUUCAACAAGUUCAAGCCAGGAGUAGUUGAACGUGUAAAGAAGUUGAGAGACUAUGCUUUUGUUCAUUUUUUCCACCGAGAAGAUGCAGUUGCUGCUAUGUCUGUAAUGAAUGGAAAGUGCAUUGAUGGAGCCAGUAUUGAGGUAACACUGGCAAAGCCAGUUAACAAAGAAAGUUCUUGGAAGCAACAUUUUAAUGGUCAGAUAAGUCCCAGUUCUGAAAAUCUCUUAGGGUUUCCUAACAAAGAAGAUGGUACUCAAAAAUCCUUGGGGAAACCAGCAAGUCUUUCAGUUCGUCUUAAUGGCCAGCACAGUCCAGGCUCCCCUGAAGUUGAAAGAAGUACAUACCCUUUUUUUCCAGGAAUAAAGCUUACUCCAAUUAGCAUGUAUUCUUUAAAGCUGAAUCACUUCAGUUCUGCAGUAAUGCAUCUGGAUUAUUUUUGUCAUAAAAAUAGCUGGGCACCGCCAGAGUACUGCUUGUAUUCAACAACAAGUCAGGAUGGGAAAAUACUCUUGGUGUACAGGGUGCUUAUUUCUAGUAUUGCAGAUGAUUCCCAGAGUUAUUUCAUGCCAGAAAAACUCUGUACAACGGUAGAAGAUGCAAAGGAAUUGGCAGCACAGUUCACACUUUUACAUCUAGCCCCCGAGCAAGCAUAUAUAACUUUGCUGUCCCUGAAUGCAGCAUGGUGGGAUAGUAAAGCCAACUGCACACCCUACUUGGCUUGAAUUUCUCUGAAGAAGAAAAGUUUGGAAUUUAUUGCUUUGGAUCUUGUCAUGAAAGAAAAAAGAAUACCACGCGGAUAUAUAAUUACUGGAAAUUCACGUUCCAUGUUUAACGAUGAAUAAUUCUUCGAAGUGCAUGUGUGUAUUAAGCAUUUCAAUAUGAAGAUUAGUGAAAUUGAAUGUUAAAUUGUUUUGGUUAGUUUGAUUAAAUUUGGGUUUUAAAAGAUAAUUUGUUUAAAAGAUUUUUAUUACCUGUAACAUACACUAGUAACUUAUAUUCAGAGUUAAAAUAAUUUGCCACAAUUCCUUGUAUUUUGUGUCACACAGAAUUUUUACAGCUUCUGUUGUAAGUAAUGAAUCUUAAGCAAACAUUAAAAAAACCAACAAACCAAAACCACAACAUCCUGGCAACCUUACCUUUUCAUACAUGAUCGUACAUAAUAUGAAACGAAUACCACACUCAAAUUUGUUUCCAUAAUUUGAUGCAAAAUUUUAUUGGAAGAACAUGUCCAAUAAAAUCUUUGCUUCUGGUAUAGCAGUACAUCAAUGGAGGAGUGAUAUUUUGAAGGACUUUAGGUACCAUCAGGCUACAUGAAAUUGCUGUAGUCAUACAUUGAGGUUCAAUACCUUAGUUAUUCUUUGAAACAAAGGCAAAUAUCCUGACACAUAUAAAUUACAUGUAUUUUUAAGUACAGCUCACUAGGUUGCAUUUCCUGUUGUUAGCACCUCUCUGUUGGGACAUGUGUGCUUUCAUAUUCACAGAGGCCUUACUUUUAUCCAGGAUAUCCCUUGAAACCAGCACUUGUGCUUGCCUGUGGCAGCCAUGUGAACAGCAGCUUGCUCACUUUCUAAUCAGGCCAUG